UUGAGGUGUGAGUAUGUAGUCAGUCCCACGCGGAUAAACCGAGUGGCAACAUAUACAUAACUCAUCUUCAUUAUCAUCAUCAUCAUCUUUGUCAACAUUUUCAUGCCAUUCUUCUCCAAAUUUCACAUCCCUCUCGUUUCCUCUUCAAUGCUAGCUGCUCCAUCUUUCAUCUCUCUGCUUUCCUCACUCACCACCACACAACAAAACCUUCAAUCUCUCUGCAUUUCCCACUCAUAUUACCCUACAAAACAAACCCUCUCAAAAUCGCCUCUAGAUUGAAACAAAAAAAAUAAAAACACAAACUUUUUCAUGUGAUUCGCCUCCAAAAUCCAACCUUUUUGUCCUCUUUCUACUUUCUCCUCAUUGGUGCGGCUUCAACUUCAAUUCCUUUUUGCCACUUCACACACAAAACCAAUUUGGAUCUUCCCACACCAACCAACCCCUCACUCAUCUCUCAACUCCACAGUCCACACACACACACACACACACACGAUUCUCUUUCCAAAAACCUUAAAAAACCGAUUUUUAAGGAUGCAAGACGCAACAUCAUUCCAAGGUUUGAAGGCAGCCCAAUUUCCCGAACAAGAACAACUGAAAUGCCCACGUUGUGAUUCGACAAACACGAAGUUCUGCUACUACAACAACUACAACCUCUCUCAGCCACGCCACUUCUGCAAGAACUGCAGAAGGUACUGGACCAAAGGUGGCGCCUUGAGAAACAUCCCCGUUGGGGGUGGAAGCAGAAAGACCACAAAACGCUCUUCAACCUCUAAACGCUCUUCUGCACUACCUUCCCCUGCAGUUUCCGACCCCGACCCGACCCGGAUCCACACCGUCCCGGUUGAUCAAGGGGUGCUCACCAUUGGUGGUGGCAGCUUCAGUUCCCUUUUGGCAUCUUCUGGCCACUUCGGAACCAUCUUGGAGGGUCUCAAUCCAUCUGGGUCGGGUCCCAAAAUGGCUGAAUUUGGGGAGGGCGUGGGUUCUGACCCGGGUUUGAAUUCGGGUUCGGGUACCGACCCGGGGUUGCAGGUUCAGAGUAAUGCGAGUUCAGAGAGUUUUCUUGGAAUGCAGAAUGCUGAUUCGGGCUGUUGGAAUGGUUCUCAUGGUUGGUCUGAUCUUGCAAUGUACACACCUGCCCCAAGUUUUCGAUAGAAUCUGAGAAAGACAAAAAAUAAAAAAAAAGCUCUGUUUUGUUUUGAUGAUUUUUUCUGUAAAUAUUUAUAGAAGAGAAAAUCAAGAAAAAAGUAAAAUAAAUUGGCUUUUUUUUAAGUUAAAAAGUAACUUAUGCAUUUGACAACUUUAAAAAGAUAGAUGAAAGAAUUUUUUUUAUAAAUGUUUAGUGCAUAAGUUAUUUUAAUUUAUAAAAAAGCUUAGUUUAUUUUAUUUUUUCAUUAUUUUUUCUUCUAUAAAUAAAUAUAGAGAAAUUUAUUGGAACGGAACCUUGAUACAAUCCAACUUCUCAAUUAUGGUGAUUGUUCUUUUAUAUAUAUUUAUAUAUAUACACUCAAGAUACUAUGGUUGUGCAAAGAGUUACAUAAUUUGAUGAAGCCUAUGGAUAGCAUGCUAUGGAGGAUCCUACACCAGAGAAGCUCACUGAAGCAGUAUCCUUUAGGUACAGUUUUUUUAUUUAUUUUUUUUUUUUGUAUUUCUUUUAUGUGCUUGGGAUUGGUGUUUUACCAAUGGUGAAAAUUGGAGAAUAGGAAGAAAAAAAAAAGUCAUUUUUUGGGAGGGAUAUAUGUGAGAUGAUGAUAGUUAUCACAUCACUUGUUAUUUGGUAUGUUUUUGCAUAGCUUUUGAAGCGUCCUUUGGAUA